AUGCUGAUUUUUGAGUCGACUCAAAAACCACCAUGCCAUGCCAUCCCCCCCCCCACGCACCCCAUGCUCCAUCCCAUGCCAUGAACAUCAAACAGCGCCUCUGAUUGCAGCCUAGCGCUCAGGCCACACACCAGGCAUCCCAGGUAAAGCCCCCCCCCAGGUAAUGCCCUCCCUUUUAAGCCCUUAGAGCCAUUACUAGCUACCCUCGAACCCCCCUGCAUACCCCUGGUCUGUGGCCUGUGCGUGCUGCUACUGCAACUGACGUCUUCUCGUCCACUCUGUGAGUUCUUUGGCUUCCCAACCCAUCAUCACCACCCUUCACCACACACACCCACACCACACCACACGCACCACCACCCGCACCCACCCACAUCCACUCACACUCAUCAGCACCCAUCAGCACCCAUCAGCACCCAUCUGCACCAGUCCCAGCUUCUAACCUUCCCUCUGCCAUUCCUACCCCCCUUUUAUCCCUCUCCCCACCCCCGGCGGGCCCCCUCCCUCUCUUCCCCGAAUCUCUUGAAAUCGACCACUGGUGCAGCAACCUCUGACUCACAGACCCGCUACAACACUUACAGCCCUCAGGUAAGGCUUUCCUUAAGACCUAGAGACUUUACCAGCUCACCCCUUGCAGGUAUUCCCCUUGGGUCUAUGGGUUGUGGGCAGCUGCACCAGUGGUCCUCCCUCCCUUUCCCUUCUUCCCUGCAUCACGCAUUUCUCGCUUUGGCUAGUGACUGCCCACUGACUGGGAGGGGGAGCAAGGGGAGGGAGCACUGCAGCCGGCAGCAAAGGGAGAGAAUGGGGUGGCGGGUCCAGCACACAAGCUCACUCGGUGGCACUUGGAAGCAGCAGCUGAAGCAGCAGCAGCAGCAGAAGCAGAAGCAGACACAGCAGAAGCAGACGCAGCAGCAGAAGCAGCAGUAGGGGGGGCUAGGUAGCUAGAGGGCAGGCUAGUGUGAGAGAGGUAAGCCAAGGUAAGGUAAGGUAUGGCAUGGCAUUGCAUGGUGUGGCAUGGCAUGGCAUGGCAUGGCAUGUGGUUGGUCAUGCUUCACAUCUCUCCCUUCAUCUCCUCCCUCCGCCAGGUGUGCUUCUGCACUCAUGGGCAUGGCUGCUCACAGCACAGGACAGGAGGACAGGAGGACAGGAGGUGUCCCCCCACUCACCACCCCUUCUCCCUCCUUCUCCUCCCCCCACCAGGUGUGCACUCCAGAGGCGAGGCCGAGGCAUGGCUGCUCACAGCAGGAGAGAAGGAGUCCCCCUCCUCCUCACCACCCCCUCUCCCUCUCCUCCCGUCCCAUGGAAAAUGCGUGGCACGGCAGUCGGUGCUGAAGUAACAAAGCAGGCGUUAAGGCAUAAUGGAACCGGCCAGAGCCGUGCGCGCCGGCUCUGGUUGGGAGUCCCCUCUUGCUACGUUAUGCGGCGGGAUUCGAGUCUUGGGCCGCCCGUGUAUUUUCCACUGCCACUCCUUGCACCACAAGGCACAGCCAUGGGGGGUGCUGUUUCUGAAGGGGACCCCUCUCCUCUCUCGUGCCCUCGUGUUACCUUGGAGGCGUCACCUCGCCCUUGUGCCGCUCCUUCUCCUUACUCUCUCCUCCGCCCCUACCUAACCCUUGUGGGGUUGAGCCCCAAGGGUAAGGGGAGUGAGAAACGAUGUGGGGGCUGAAACCCCAGGUUAAGAUGAGUGAGUGGAGGGGCAGGGGGCUCAAGCCUCCAAAGUGGGUGAGUGAAAGAGAUGGGGGUUGGAAGUUGAAACCCCUUGGCCGCUAGGUUGGCUGAGUGGAUGGAAGCGAAGGGUUGAGCCUAGAGCUCCACAUGACAGGCAGCAAAUGAUGAUGCCUCACUUGUUGCCUGAUGCUAGAUGCCCUAUCAUGUGGGUUCGCUGGUCCAACCUUUUCCGAAUCUCGGUAUGGGAGUGGGUUUCAUGCCCCCAGUUACAAGAUCGGGCAGGGCCAGGGAGGGGGUUUCAGACCCCGAGCUAGAGUGUGAGGCAAGGGAGCGGGUUUCAGACCCCAAAUGACAGUGCGAGGUAGGGGAGGUUCACACCCCAAGGUAGAGGCUGCAUAAGGGAGGGGGUUAAGGCCCCGACUCAGGGAGGGCGGGCUUCAGACUUCAAAUCUGACCUCGACUACGUCAACUCAGACCCCGGCUGUAAGUUGAGUGGGAAGGGUGGGGUUCAGACGUCAACUUAGACCCCGGCUGUAAGUUGGGUAGGAAGGGUGGGCUUCAGACGCCAACUUAGACCCCGGCUGUAAGUUGGGUGGGAACGGUGGGCUUCAGUCGUCAACUUAGACCCCGGCUGUAAGUUGGGUGGGAAGGGUGGGCUUCAGACGUCAACUUUGACCCCGGCUGUAAGUUGAGUGGGAAGGGUGGGCUUGAGACGUCAACUUAGACCCCGACCAUAACUUUGAUUUGGGUCCCUGGCAACUUGGGCUUGAGUUAGCUUCGUGGUGCCACUGGCACUUGUGACGACGUGCUGUGGCCGUGCUGAUUCGACUGCAUGGAAUGUUCGGAAUCAAGGUUCCUGCAUGCAUGCAUGCAUGUGGUGAUGUGUGUGCACGCGUGUGUGAAUGCUUGCGAGGCUUGUGCAUGUGGGCAUGUGUGCAUGUCUGCAUGUUGUGUGCAUGUUGGCAUGUGGUCGUUCGUGUGUGGAUGCGUGUGGGCAUGUCUGUUGUUAUGGAUGUGUGCAUGAUUUGCAUGGCUGUUAGGAUGAUGUGCUUGUGUGGGGAGAGCCCUACAUGUCUGGCUUUAAGCUGUGCGAUAUCCGUCUCUGUUUUGUUCGAGGCCAUUUGCAAAAUGGCAAUCGUAUCACUCACUUGAUGACUAUGUUUAUACAUGUCCUGUAAGGAGCUGUUAAAGAGGCUCUCGUAUAACAUUGAGAGGUUUCUGUUAGUGCACCUGGAUGGAAGCUACUCGUUUUAGGAAUGAAGUCACGUCCCACAA